AUGGACGCCACCGAGUGAGUGCGAUGCAUCCGCCAUACUUUCUCUAGCGACGCUGCCAGGCUCACGCUGAUUUUGCUGUAUCGCGCUCCUCGACAGACUGCAGUCUUACGAGUUUCAGCUGUCGCAGGUCAAUGACGCCUUGUCCGCGGACCCCAACAAUGCGGAACUCAAGACACUACACGAAGAGCUGACCAACCUCAUCACUCUGACCCGGGAGCUGGUGUCACAACAAACAGCCGAAGCGCAGGCUGCCAAAGCGGCUUCUAGCAGUCCGCACGCUGGCUCAUCCAAGCUUCCGAGCACUAGCGCAAAGUCGCGUGAUGAAAGUCCGAGAGGAGAGUCCUCCAAUUUACGAUCAACAGCAACCGAGAAGGAAGUCAGGAAGUAUGCUGCAGGUGAAGAAUGCAUGGCAAAGUACCAGGUGAGCUAGACGCGACUAGCCCGUGUUAAAGGCCUUGCGUACAUUACAAUGUCUCUGAUUCAUCUUUUGUUGACCUUCAGGCGGACGGGCGCUGGUAUCCUGCACGCAUUACGUCGGUCGGAGGAUCUGCCGCUAACCCAGUCUACAGCAUCGUAUUCAAGGGAUACAAUACCACCGAAAUGGUCACCAGUGCUUCUUUGAAGCCCUUGGCCAGGCCAUCCGGUCCAGGCGCAGGGACUGGCUCUUCAGAUGCCGCAUCCAACACGCCUGUGACCAAAGCUGGCAUUGUGAAACGCGGCGCUAGCACCUUGACGCCAGAAGAGGAAGCUGAGCGGGAAAGGAAGCGCAAACGCAAUGAGAAAAAGACAGAGCGUAGUCAGGGCAAGGAUCAGGCAGCAUUGGAAAAGCAGAGCACCUGGCAGAAGUUUGCUAAGAAGGGUGCCAAGAAGGGAUAUUCGAUUGCAGGCACAUCUGGCAAGAGCAUGUUCAGGACGCCCGAGGAUCCUUUGGCCAGAGGUGAGAUUUCUCAAUCAGGCGAGCGCAUACAUGCACGCUCGUCGAGUGUACGGCUUACCACUCACACUCUUUCUGCCGCAGUCGGUGUCGUAGGCGCAGGCAAGGGCAUGACCCCGGGCGAAUCUCGCAAGCGACAUGUCUACGAAGAGGACUAA